GAUGACCCAGAUCGUGUUCGAGACCUUCAAUACCCCAGCUAUGUACGUCGCCAUCCAGGCCGUGCUCUCUCUGUAUGCCAGUGGCCGUACCACAGAUAUCGUGCUCGACUCGGGAGAUGGUGUGAGCCACACCGUCCCCAUCUACGAGGGAUACACCCUCCCCCACGCCAUCCUUCGUCUUGACCUGGCCAGUCGCGACCUCACCGACUGCUCAUCUGCGCUAGACUGUGUUUGUUCAAAAGAUAUUAUUCAAAUUUAACUGAAAGAUUUUAUUCGUUGCACAAUUAUUGUAUUGCUUUGUUUGUUGAAUAUUAUUUGCUUGGUGAUGGGCUGCUGUUGCUGCUAGCAGGAUUGAGAACGGAUGGGCUGCAAUCUAUUGUUGGUGCCUCGUAUCAGAGAGGGAGACAAGGGUGCACCUGUUCACAAUCUUGAGGUGAGAAUACCGAAACUGUCUAAGAGACUUCUCGAGGUGAGAAUACUGAAACUCUCUUAAUUAGAGGUGUGUAGUAAUUACACAAUAACAUUAUCAAUCUUAAUUAUUUAUCUGAUUCCUAGCCAUUGUUGCCGCCUCAGCCCACGCUCGACCACCGCCACCGCUACUUCAAGCAGUUAGCUUAGCUGUGGGGUAAAAUGAUUGGUUAGCGAUCUUUUCUACUUUUAUAUACUGUCUACAUAGUACACAGUAGAUCCAAGCCAUGUACAACUGCAAUUUGGUUCCUGAAAUCUGAAAUGUGUGAUCCUGUGCCAUGCAACAACAGUUGGUUCACUCAAAAUGUGUGGUUCUGUACUUGGAUACCACUUGGUUCACUCCAAAUGUGUGUUCUCGUUUUUAGUCUAAAUGUUUGUAGCAACCCAGUUUUAUUCUAAAUGUUUGUAGAAGUUAGUCUUGGUUCUGGACUUGGAUAUCAAUUGGUUCUUGUCUUGGACAGCUGAAAUUGUCACCUACUACUAUGACUCAUGUUUAACCGUGGCCUGCAUUUUGGAAAGCAAGUUCUGGUCUUAGCACUGAUACUGGUGUUCUCUGAUCAUGCUUGUUAACAAGUUCUGUUAACUUUGCGAA